CUCCGCCACUAUGGAAACUAAACGAUCUACUUCUAAACAAAAAGGAGGUUAUAGAGACUCUGAAAGACUGUGCUAAGUCAUACCUUGCAGACAACAAAGGACAAGACACAAAACCAGAAAUAAUAUGGGAAGCGCACAAAUGUGUACUCAGAGGCGAACUCAUUCAAAUAGCAAAAGCCCAGAAAAGAUUGAGAGAAGCCCGAGUACGGUGCCUAACCCGAGACAUUCAAAUCUUAGAAACCAAACACCAGGUAGACACAUCAUUACAGACAUAUAAGGCACUGACCACCACGCUACAACUUCACGCGAAACGCUCACUACACAAGACAAAACACACAUACUUCACUAAAGGAGGGAAAUGUGGACAUUUACUAUCACAAUCACUGGCGCAACAGAGGCAAACAACGUUUAUCCCAGACAUAAGACUCCUUGACGGCACUUUGACCCAGAGAAUGCCAGACAAAAUCCAGGAAUUCCUCUCGAACAGAAUAAAGAACUCACUGCUGCGUAAUGUAGUGGAGUUCUUAGACAGCCCCAUCAAGAAUGAAGAAUUCUUCUCAGUGGCUUCACGGGCAAAUACUAUAAGUUGA